AUGAACUUUUUGACAUUCAACCAAUUUGCAGUACUCCUAUGGAAAAAUCUUACCUUAAAGAGGAGACAAUUUAUUCAUCUAGUACUGGAAAUUGUCAUAGUGUUGGCAUUCGGAAGUAUGCUUUUGAUAUUCCGUGAAGUUUUUGAGGCAGAAAUUGUUGAACCUUACAAUUACACUUCUCGAUCCAUCAGUACUCUCCCUUCUUUCCUCAAAAAUCCAGAAGACUGGGAAUUAAUUUACGUGCCUUCUAAGGCUGAUGUGGCAAAAGAGAUAACUGAGAAUGUGAAGAAGAAUCUAAACAUCAGUAUAAAAGUUCGAGGCUUUUCUUCAGAGACUGAAUUUGAGACCUAUAUUAAGUAUGACUAUAAGUCUGAGAAAGUGCUGGCUGCUAUUGUAUUUGAGUAUGACUUCCAAAACAGCAGUGAUCCUCUGCCACUUCAGGUAAAAUAUCAUCUGCGUUUUAAUAGGAUACAGAGGUCCUUUCGGUGGCCAACCAAGAUAGGCUGGCAGACAUCCACCCUUUUUGCUGAUCAGACAUCUGCAAGAUACGGGAACCCUAGUCACCCUGAUUCUGGAAGUCCUGGGUACAUCCGAGAAGGGUUCCUGGCUGUACAGUAUGCCUUAGAUAAAUCCAUCAUGCUGUAUCAUGAGAGCAGAGCUAGAGAAAAGCUACUGGAUAACAUCAGCAUUUUUAUACAGAGAUUUCCACGGCCAGCUUCGUAUGAUGUCUUGCUUUGGGUCACCAGCCCUUUCUUCCCUUUUCUGUUCGUGCUCAUGUUCUCUCCCAGUGUGCUUUCCAUCAUGAGGCUGAUUGUGUGGGAGAAGGAAAAUGGAUUGAAGGAGUACCAGCUCAUCAUUGGACUCAGAAACUGGAUUAUAUGGGCUGCCUAUUUUUUCACAUUCUUCCUUAUACAUAUCAUUAUUAUCUCUUUGAUAUGCGUGUUAUUCUUUAUUGUAAAUAAGCCAAUCUUCUGCUACAGUGACUAUAGUUUCAUCUUUGUCUUUUUAAUGUGCUAUACCAUUGCUUCGAUAUUCUUCAGCUUGAUGGUUAGCACAUUCUUCAAUAAAGUAAAUGUGGCUACUUCUGUUGGAAGCUUCCUAUAUUUUGCCUCUUUGUUUCCAUUUAACUUUAUCGUUCAAUACUAUGGAGAGAUAACCCUUGUGAAGAAGGUGAUUUCCUGUCUCAGUUCAAAUGUUGCACUAGCCCUGGGGAUUAAUCUUCUGCUCAAGUUGGAAAUGAAACUUGGGGUCAAAUGGGAUAACCUUUGGACACAAGCCAUUCUUGAGGAUAACCUCAUCUUUGGCUAUAUAUUUGGAAUGCUGUUACUUGAUGCUUUCUUAUAUGGCCUUGUGACGUGGUAUAUAGAAACAGUCUUUCCAGGGCAGUAUGGUGUGCCCCAACCAUGGUACUUUUUCCUCAAGCGAUCUUAUUGGUUUGGGAAUCCAAGAAUGAGAGAGGAAACAGAAGAAAGCCAAAGCACUGUGACAGAUCAGAGCAAGUAUUUUGAGGCUGUCCCUCCUAAUCUGGUGCCAGGUAUCUAUAUGAGACAUUUGUCCAAGGAAUAUCAUGACAAAGUAGCAGUGGAUGACUUAACUUGGAAGAUAUAUCCGGGUCAGAUCACUGUUCUUCUAGGACAGAAUGGGGCAGGGAAGUCUACUACUUUGUCCAUUCUCACUGGUCUUCACCCCCCUACCAGAGGAGAGGCUUACAUUAAUGGAUAUGACAUCUCAAAGAAUAUAGCCCAUGUUCGAAAAAAUUUGGGCUUCUGUCCACAGCAUGAUUUGUUGUUUAAUGAUUUGACUCUGUCAGAACACCUUUUUUUCUACUGUAUGAUCAAAGGCAUACCUCAAAAAAUGCAUCAUACGGAAACGGACCAUAUGCUGUCGGCUUUUAACCUGCUUGAAAAGCGUGAUGCCUUUUCACAGUCACUGAACAGAGGGAUGAAGCGCAAACUCUCCAUCAUUAUCGCGCUUAUAGGGGGCUCCAAGGUAGUGGUACUUGAUGAACCAUCAUCUGGCAUGGAUCCAGCCUCAAGGAGGGCGACCUGGGAUAUCCUUCGGAAGUAUAAACAGGAUCGUACCAUCUUACUGACCACUCACUAUAUGGAUGAAGCUGACAUCCUGGGUGACCGCAUUGCCAUCAUGGUCAGGGGGAGUCUGCAGUGCUGUGGCUCUUCAAUCUUCCUGAAACAAAUAUAUGGUGCUGGGUACCAGAUAGUCAUGGAGAAGAAACUUCAGUGUGAUGUUGAAGGGAUCAUAGCACUAAUUGAUUCUCAUGUUCCACAAGCCACUCUGGAUAGCAAUACCUCAACUACAUUAUCGUUUUAUCUACCCAAAGAAGAUACACAAAGGUUUGCAACUCUGUUUCAUGACCUGGAUCAAAAACAGGAAGAAUUAGGCAUUGCCAGAUUUGGUGCUUCAAUCACUACUAUGGAGCAAGUCUUCCUUAAGGUCAAUAAGCUGGCAGAAGUCCACAUGGAGAUUCAGAAUAUCCAGCCUACUUCAUUGAAGGAACAAAACAUAAUACAAGGCAAGAUCUUUAAUACAAAGCUGACCAGAAAAUACAGGAAAUCAAUCUCACCUGGUUGGAAUGAAAUUACUACCAUUCAAUUUAACACUGGGUUACCUCUUUAUUGCCAGCAAUUCCGGGCCAUGUUGACAAAGAGGGUACUAUUCACUAGGCGCCACUGGAAGUUGACGUUGCUACAAAUAUUGGUAAUUGUGUGUGUCACAACGUAUCUCUUAAAAAUUAUGGACUUACAAGAUGACCUCUCUACCAGAGAAAUGGAUUUGAGUCAGUAUGGUCGAACCAUCGUGCCUUACUCAAUUUCAGGGAAAUCACCCUUGGCUCUGAAUAUUAUAAAUAGUCUUAAGAUUUAUCUAACGCUUAAGAAUCAAGAACUUCGGGAAGUGCAAGAUGCUCAGAACACUGUCUACACUUUUGAAGAACAUGGGAUUGCAAAGUUUUUGAUUACAUUGGCUGUCAUGGGUUUAUUCUUUCUCCUCUUGAUUUUAUACCUGGAGUCUUCAUUCUAUAACCUGAAAGCCUUUGUCUUUAAUAAAAUUAUACCUAAUAUCUCCCAGAUGUUCGUGAAAGCCAACAAGUCUAUGGUGUCUAACCAAAUAAUUGAGGAAUCUGAAGAUGAAGGUGUGAAAAAUGAGAGGAAGAAAGUUUGGACACUAUCUGAAACAUUGCAGAAUCCACCCCUUUAUUUUAAAGAGCUAACAAAGAUUUAUUAUACGUGUCCAAUUGUAAAGGCCGUGAGCAAUAUUUCCCUUGUAGUGGAAAAGUCGGAAUGCUUUGGAUUGCUUGGAUUAAAUGAAGCUGGGAAAUCUGCCACCAUUAAAAUGUUGACUGGAGAGGAGGCCAUCACCUCUGGAGUGGUGUUAAUCGAUGGCAUUAACAUCACUGAAAAUAUCCAAGAGAUUAGGUCAAGAAUUGGCUAUUGUCCUCAAUCUGACCCCUUGCUGAACUACAUGACAGGUCGGGAAUUGCUAAUCAUGUAUGCCAGACUGUGGGGAGUCCCUGAGCCAGACAUUUAUGUAUACGUGCAAGUCUUUUUGCAUUCAAUGCAUCUGGAAAUGAAGGCUGACAGUUAUAUCUAUACAUACAGUGGAGGAAACAAGCGUAGACUGAGUACUGUUAUUGCCCUAAUGGGAAGGCCUUCGGUUAUCUUCCUGGAUGAUCCAUCUGCUGGCAUGGACCCAGUAGGCUGGAACCUGGUCAGGAACACAGUUACACGGAUCUGUAAAACUGGAAAAGCUAUCAUAAUGACUUCCCAGAGCAUGGAAGAAUGUGAGGCCCUCUGUACCAGGUUGGCCAUCAUGGUAAAAGGAAGGUUCACAUGCAUAGGCAGUCCUCAGCAACUCAAGAACAAGUUUGGUAAUGUAUACAACCUGAAAGCCAAGAUUAAUAUGGACAAAGAUGAAAAUAAAGUAAAGGAGUUCAAAGAAUUUAUUGCGACAACUUUCCCAGGCAGCAUCAUAAACCAGGAGCACCAAGGGAUUCUUGACUACUGUAUUCCUAGUGAUGAAAUUAGCUGGGGAAAGGUAUUUUGUAUCUUCGAAGAUGCUAAAUUGCUGUUUAAUUUAGAAGACUAUUCCAUCAGUCAGAUAAAACUGGAACAAAUCUUCCUCACCUUUGCUAAUAUUGAUAAAACAGAAAAUUACCAGAAAAUAAAGCAUCUAUGA